GGAAAGUUGUAAGCCGAGGAUAAGAUGCGACCAAUCCUGAUCAUUUUUAUAUUUGGGAUUGCCUUAGUUAGCUCACAAGACUCCAACUGCUCUGAUGAAUUCAAGCGACUAACCGAGUUUCUGGAGAGCCGUCUUCAAUUAUUUGGCGAAGCUUUGAAUGAUAGAUUGGAGGGUUUUGAGAACCGACUAACACAAUCGGAAUGCUCAAGGAAAUCAACGAUUUGCGAUGGACGAUCCCAGACUAUCGAUUAUGGCUCCCGUGCAAGGAGUAUAAUCGAUGACAUUAUCGAGAUUUACGAUGCAAGGAUUAGGGAAAGGAAGAGUAUUUCGUCAUAUACCAAUCAAGAAAAAAAUGGCCGCCAGGAAUUGAAAUUAACCACGGAAAUGCCUGAGAGUAUACAAAAUCGAGUAAAAGAUGCCUUGGCGGACCUGCACAUACUCAGGGAAAUUUCUGAGACUGAAACGAUUCCGGAAUAUAUUAAAUCAAUACUUAAUCAGCUUAAUGCGAAGAGAGCUAAAGAAAGUACUACAGAAAACGCAGAAGACAGUACCGACUCGAUUCCUUUAGAGGAAUAUCGAAGUAACGAAGAAAGCACUACAUUAGACAGUUUUUCAACCGAAAGUACAUCUAGUGACAGCAGUGAAAUUUCUACGGAAACCGCCUGGAAACCUACAAAAAUAAACAUUGAUGUCUUGAUUCAGCAGUACUUAGCGUGGAACAGAACUAAAGAGCAAAGUGAUGAGAAAAGUACUACAGGAAGUACUUCUACUGAAGAUCUAUUUACUGGCAGCUCAUCAACCGAGAGUACUUCCUUUGAAAGAAUUCCUGAUAACGACGAAUUGGAAUCAACAGAAGAUGUGUUUACCUACAUUCUAAACAAAUAUGGUAGGAUGAAAAAGGAUGGCCAAAUCAGAAGCGACACAACCAAAACUGAAUCUGUCCAAGGUUCAAUGAAUAGCGUUAUGGAAAACUUUAACAAGUGGAAGGAAUUGGAAAAAGAACGAAUAAAAAGAGUUUAAGCAUAAGUAAAUUAUUUAAUCUGCAGAAUAAUAUUGAAAAAUAUGUGUUUAACGGCUUAUAAUCUUUAUAAUACUGCAAAAUUAUGAUUUGUGCAUAAAUAUACAAAUAAAAAGGAUUGCUAGCAAAGCAAAUUAUAUA